UAUGUGUGUUCCUUUCUGCUCAUUCAGGUCUCCUGCGACGGGUCAUUCCCUCUGACGCCCCACCUCUCAUGACCUCUGUCCAAGACCCAGAGGUGGCGACGAUGACACGUUCGCAUUCAAAUCCCCCUGCAAAGUAUCGAAGAAGCAUGGUUCCUAGGAGACGAGACAGACACAACCAAGCGACAUUCACCCAUUCGAUGAAGCCAGAUCUGUGAUGCAGCAGGUAGAGCACCUUCACCUGAAACAUGUGGUGCAGACCGUGUGUGUGCUGGAGGCGGUCAUUCUCCGCAGCUUUGGACCCGAAGGCGGCCAGGUGCUCUUCACUCGGGAUACGGGACAGCUGAUGUUGAGCCGCAGUGGGAAACAAAUUCUUACAGCACUGCGGCUCGACCACCCACUGGCUAGGAUGGUGGUGGAGUGUGUGUGGAAACACAGCGAGAACACCGGGGACGGGUCAAAGACCUUCAUCCUACUGCUGGCCUCGUUGCUGCGAGGGAUUCAAACGGCGGCCAGCAAGGGCUCCGUCGGCGGCCACGUCUACACGAACAGAGCUGCCGUGCUAGCCGCCGGCGCCAGACGCACGGCAGAGGAGCUGCUGGCCUUCGGGCUGGAGGAGCUAGCCGAGGUCAUCCUCGUCGGGGUGGUCCCUCACACCGCCAGUCUUUCAUGGGAGAGCGGACUCAAGCACAGAGACCCAGAAGCUCCGCCGCCCUCUGACGGUGACCCUUGUCCCCUUCAGAGACUGCUGGCGACGUUCUUUUACACGCGGCUCGGCCGCACACACGGCCAGCUCACCAGCCGACUGACCCGCGACCUGAUCUCCCUCUGGAGGCCCCCCGCGGACCCCCCGGCCCUCACCCUCCGCCUCCUGGAGAGGAACUUCGGGGCGUUGCACACCGCUGUGUGCGGCCUCCCCGCGGGGGGGUCCCGCCUGGUGGAGGGGCAGGUCAUCCACCGGGACUUCGCCGUCCCGCCGCGCCCACCGCAGCCGGGGCAGCGGGAGCAGCCGCCGGUCAGAGCCGUGGCGCUGGUCGGCGCGGGGGGCUCGCUGCAGCCAAACACACUUUUGAGCGGGACGGUGUUGCAGGUGGGAAGUCCGGGCGGGGGCUGCGGGGGUGCGGAGGAGGAGGCGGCGGACCCCGAGGGAGGGGUUUUGAAGUACAGCGCUUGGGCGGAGCGGUCCCUGGAGGGGGCGGUGGGCCGGCUGCGGGGGCUGGGCGUCACGCUGCUGCUCUCGGCGGGGAGGCAGACGCAGGUGGCCCUGGCGGCGGCCCGCCGCGCCGGCCUCGGCGUGGUGGAGUGUGUGGAGGAGGAGGAGCUGGCGCUGUUCGCCCAGCUGAGCGGCGCCACGCCCGCCGCAGAGUGCGGGCGGGUCGGUCGGGAGCACGUCGGCGUGCUGAGCUUCUGUAAACCCAUAGUGCUGGGGGCUCACAGGUACGUCCACGUUGGGUUCCCAGGGGCCGCCGUCCGGCCCCACAGCCUGGUGCUGUGCGGCGCGGGGGAGGGGCAGGCGGAGCAGGGGGCGGGCGCCGUCCGGGACGCGCUGCGCAUGCUCCUCGCCAUGUGGGAGCCAUGGCAACGCGCCACAGAAGACGAACACGCCGCCAGCCCCGGAGCCCCCUCGCACCCACGCCACCCGAAGAACGCUCAGAGCCGCCCGGACGGAGACGGCCCAUCCCGGGAGGGCGCGCUCGACCCGCGGGGUACCGUCCCGGCCGGCGGGGAGUUUGAGUUCCUGCUGCACCGCGCCCUGAUGCGCCACGGCGAGGGGCCCGGCGGCCAGGGGCCCGGCGGCGUCCCCGUUCCGUGCCGGCUGCUGGCGGACGCUCUGCUGACCGUCCCCAGACACGUCUACUCCCAGGGGCCCCGGCGCCUCCUGCAGGCCCAGACACUGAGCCUGGGUAGGAGCCACAGCACGGCGCUGCAGUGUGACGGUGUGUCUGUGUAG